AAUCUUUGCAAUCUCAGUAGUGGGACUGGCUAUUGUUGUAAUGGUGUCUAGUUUCAAACUCGUGAAGUCGCUUACCCUCAGCACCCCCUCCGUGGUGUCUUCCCGCAAUAAGGAGAAUUGUAGCCAUACUGGGGACACCCCCAGCCGUGUGAAAGCGUUCAAACGGAAGUUGCAAGGGGUCUCGAUCACAAGCGUGGACCCAAACACCGCUUUGGAUAUCGAGCUCAACCAGCUACUUAUGGAAGGCAUCCACAAACUCCAGAUAUCAGAAUCGCAGAUUUCGCAGCCACCGAUCCAUCCCAGGAUCAGUAUUCCUCUAGAGGAGACUUUGAAGGAUAGUGUAUUGAGGCUCAGACAGGGAUCCAUUCAAGCAAUAGAUCUCCCCAUGGUCACUUUUGAAGGCCUGGAUGAUGUACAGCUAAAUUAUUGCCGGCUUCUAUUGGCGUACAAUAAGCUCAUUGAGCUGGUUUUGCGCAAGAAUUCAGAGAUAUGCCUCUUCAAUGUACAACUAAAGCAAGUUCUUGAUACUCUAGCUGACAUUGUGGCGGAUCUGUGUUCUCUGUGCUCUUCGAAAUCGGAUAUAGAAUUCGAUAGCACCGCCAGUGACUAGAGUUGAAUCAUCCAUUUUAGCAUAGCCAAUCUGAUGGUUCCAAUAGAUGAAAUAUUGAC